AUGAUGUGCGGACAAAGGCAAUCGAAAUCUUUGGACGAUUUGCAGCAUCAUACAAACGAUGCUGUGCGCCAAUCUGUCACCAAGACGAUGACGACAGACAGAGGAGAGACAACACAUUUGGCGACGGUCAGACGCCGUGAGGAUACUGAGACACACAUCAACCUUUCCGAGCGGACUCAAGUGGGUUGUGCCACCGAAACAGCAAUUCAGAGACGUUGUUUUUUUUGA